AAAAACUGGUAAAAGCGUGUAAAAGCGCGUCGUGUGUGCCGUUGUGCACGUCGUUGUUCGUAAUUUUACGCGAUUCCGAGUAAUCUGUAACGUCCGCCGAGAUUGUAUACUCCGUGUUACAGCGAAAAUAGUACGGCGCAGCGUACUACGUACAAUAGUACUACCGAGACGAGGCCGAAGGAGGCCUGUAACAUCGAACCGAGUCCCCCUAACCUCCUAAAGUCCACCAUGGAGAAGUCGCAGAAGAUGCCGAAGGUAGCGAAGGUGAAGAACAAGGCGCCCGCGGAGAUACAGAUCACCGCGGAGCAGCUGCUGCGCGAGGCGAAGGAGCGCGACCUGGAGAUUCUGCCGCCGCCGCCGAAGCAGAAGAUCUCGGAUCCGCACGAGCUCGCGGACUACCAGCACCGCAAGCGCAAGGCGUUCGAGGACAUCAUCCGCAAGAAUCGCAUGAUCAUCACGAACUGGAUGAAGUACGCGCAAUGGGAGGAGAGCCAGAAGCAGAUACAACGCGCGAGAUCCAUCUACGAGCGGGCGCUGGAGGUCGACCACCGUAACAUCGCGCUGUGGCUCAAGUACACCGAGAUGGAGAUGCGCAAUCGGCAGGUGAACCACGCGAGGAAUCUCUGGGACCGGGCGGUCACCCUGCUGCCGCGCGCCAAUCAGUUCUGGUACAAAUACACCUACAUGGAGGAGACCCUGGAGAACAUCGCCGGGGCGCGCCAGGUGUUCGAGCGGUGGAUGGAGUGGGAGCCGGACGAGCAGGCCUGGCAGACGUACAUCAAGUUCGAGCUGCGCUACAGGGAGACCGACCGGGCGCGGCAGAUCUACGAGCGCUUCGUCAUGGUGCACCCCGACGUGAGGCACUGGAUCAAGUACGCCCGCUUCGAGGAGUCGUACGGUUUCAUCAAGGGCGCGCGUGCCGUGUACGAGCGCGCCGUCCACUUCUACGGCGACGAGGGCCUGGACGAGAAGCUGUUCCUGGCGUUCGCCAAGUUCGAGGAGGGCCAACGGGAGCACGACCGGGCCCGCAUCAUCUACAAGUACGCGUUGGAGAACAUACCGAAGAGCAACACGCAGGAGAUCUACAAGGCAUACACGAUCCACGAGAAGAAGUACGGCGACCGCUCGGGCAUCGAGGACGUGAUUGUCAGCAAGCGGAAGCAUCAGUACGAGCAGGAGAUCAAGGAGAAUCCCUCGAAUUACGACGCGUGGUUCGACUACCUGAGACUGGUGGAGUCGGAGGGUAACGUCGACGUGAUACGCGAGACGUACGAGCGUGCGAUCGCCAAUGUGCCGCCCACCAAGGAGAAGCAGUUCUGGCGGCGGUACAUAUACCUCUGGAUCAAGUACGCCCUCUUCGAGGAGCUGGAGGCCAAGGACGUCGAACGGUGCCGGCAGGUGUACAAGGUCUGCCUCGAGCUGAUACCGCACAAGCGUUUCACCUUCUCCAAGAUCUGGCUGCUCUACGCGUACUUCGAGAUACGGCAGAAGGACCUGCUCAAGGCGAGAAAGAUGCUGGGCCUGGCGCUGGGCAUCUGCCCGACGGACAAGCUCUAUCGCGGCUACAUCGACCUCGAGAUACAGCUGGUGGAGUUCGACCGAUGCCGCAAGCUGUACGAGAAGUUCCUCGAGUUCGGGCCGGAGAACUGUACCACGUGGAUGCGAUUCGCCGAGCUGGAGACGCGAUUGGGCGAGAUCGACCGCGCCCGGUCGAUAUACGAGUUCGCCGUCGCGCGGCCGCGGCUGGACAUGCCGGAGCUGCUGUGGAAGUCGUACAUCGAUUUCGAGAUCGCCCAGGGCGAGACCGAGAACGCCCGGCAGCUGUUCGAGCGGCUGCUGGAGCGCACGUUGCACGUCAAGGUUUGGAUAGCGUACGCCAAGUUCGAGCUGCUGAAUCCGCAACUGGAGGACAGCCCCGACAACGUCAUCCUGGCGAGACGCAUCUUCGAGCGCGGCAACGACGCUCUGAGAUCCAACGGCGACACCGAGAGCCGGGUGUUGCUGUUGGAGGCGUGGAAGGACUUUGAGGGCGAGAAAGGCACCCCGGAGACGCUCGCCAAGAUCGUGGAGAAGAUGCCGCGCCGGGUGAAGAAGAAGAGGCGGGUCGUGGGCGAGGACGGCAGCGACGACGGAUGGGAGGAGGUGUUCGACUUUGUGUUUCCGGAGGACGAGUCGCAGCGGCCUAAUCUCAAGUUCCUGGCUUCCGCGAAGGCGUGGAAAAAGCAGAGUGAGCAAUCUCAAUCCUGAGAUAAUUAAAUUUCAUAUAGAAAAGAGCGAGGUGCAACAUGUAAUAGUUAGAGGACCUGAGACUGUAAGAGAAUUCUCUAAAAGUUCGUGACAGUAAAAAUCGCGCACAUUUUAUAUUACUGUGGAUAAAUGACUUGACAAAGUGGACUGAUUAUUUUCAUGUACAUAUAGACUGUGAUAUUUUGCUAUCGUGAGAAAUAUUUGCUUGUACGUAAAAUACGUUUUAUGUAUGUAAAAAUAGCUCGUACAAAAUUCAGUUUAAUUUAUAAUAAAUAGGUAUAAAGUGUGGUAUACUGUUUGAAGACUGA